AUUACCCACUCUUUCCCUUGCCAGUCAUUCACCAUGGAAAAAUUAACCACAGCUGAACAAUUGAACUCUUUCAUCGACUCUUACGAUAACUUUUUGUUCGACUGCGAUGGUGUUCUUUGGGAAGGCAGUAACGUGUUUCCAAACGUCAGAGAGGCCAUGCAGCUCUUGAGAACCAAAGGAAAGCGCAUUUUCUUUGUCACCAACAACAGCACCAAAUCCAGAGAAGCUUACUUGGAUAAGUUCAAGAAGCUCGAUAUCGAAGCACACUUGGACGAAAUCUUUUCUUCAGCAUUUGCCACCGCUGCCUAUCUCAAGAACGUUGUGAAUUUCCCCGCUGACAAGAAGGUUUAUAUUGUGGGCAUGUCUGGUAUCUCAGAGGAAUUAAAGGCUGAAGGCAUUCGUUCUUUCGGCGGUGUGGAAGACGAUGGUGCGCGCUCAAUAGACGACAUCACCGACGACCCGGAGGUCGGCGCGGUUGUCAUGGGAUUGGAUGUCAACAUCAGCUACUACAAGUACUGCAAGGCAUUUACCUUCCUUCAUAACCACCCAGAGAGACUCUUUUUGCUUACCAACGCAGACUCUACUUUCCCAACUCACGGAACUCUCUUUCCCGGUGCCGGUGCCAUCGCAUCUCCUCUCAUCACUGCAUUGGAGCGAAAGCCAGAUGCUAUUCUUGGAAAGCCAGCUCAAAAUAUGUUGGAAGCCAUUUUGGCUGAAUACAGCUUGGAUCCAACAAAGUCUUGUAUGAUUGGCGAUCGUUUGGACACUGAUAUUGAUUUUGGUAACCGUGGUGGUUUGACCACUCUCUGCGUCCUCACUGGUGUCACUCGAGAGGACAAAUUGUUGAGCGAUUCCAACCCCAUCAAAGCCACUUUCUACGUUGAUUCUUUUGGAGAUUUUGCUUCUCUGACAGGCUCCACCCUUCCCAACUAAACACGAAUAGAUAUAGUUGAAUAGAUAUAGUUGUAUUAUUUUAGAUUAUCAACAGAAUACAAUGAACUUAUGAUAGACGCAU